UUGUUUCCAGUGCGUACAUGCGCGACGCCAUUUCGUGUAUUCGUCUGUUGGUCGGUGUCUACUGAACGAGCUGGUACGGACUGUAUCCACAAAACAGUACAGCACCGAAUUUUAAUCAUUUUUAGUCUUAAACUCCCGUUUUUGAGGCAGCUUUUUUGACCCACGUCAAUCCAAUCAGGCAGACAGACGACUCGACCUGAAUUACAGACAGAAUGGAGCAUUCCCCCACAACCAGCAGCCUGAUGGCCAGCAACGUCACCAACAAGACGGAUCCACGUUCGCUGAACUCCCGAGUCUUCAUCGGGAACCUCAACACCAUGCUGGUGACCAAGGCUGACGUGGAGGCCAUCUUCAGUAAGUACGGGAAGAUUGUGGGCUGCUCCGUGCACAAAGGCUUUGCCUUCGUCCAGUACGCCAAUGAGAGGAACGCCAGAGCUGCUGUCGCUAGUGAAGAUGGGCGGAUGAUUGUCGGACAGGUGCUCGAUAUUAAUCUGGCUGGUGAGCCAAAACCCCAUCGGUCAAAGACUAUUAAACGCUCUGCAGGAGAUAUGUACAGGUUUGUAUUUAAUAGUAUGUAUGCAUGUGUGUAUGUAUGUAUGUAUGCCCCUGUUAAUUCUUUAAUUGCUUUCUCCUCCAACAGUUCUUCAUUUGAUCUGGACUAUGAUUUUCAGAGAGAUUACUAUGACAGGAUGUACUCUUACCCAUCGCGUGUUCCCCCUCCUCCUCCUCCGCUCUCGCGGGCGGUGAUUCCCUCCAAACGGGCACGAGUGAGCGUGAGCGGCGGCGGCGGUGGCGGUGGUGGAGGCAGCCGCAGGACCAAGAGCAGCUUCUCCUCUAAGAGCAGCCAGCGCACGUCCCGUACCAUGAGAGUUGAUGAUCUACAAACCAUAAAGAAGGAACUGACUCAGAUUAAACACAAAGUGGACUAUCUGCUGGAGAGCCUAGAGCGCAUGGAGAGAGACCACAGCAAGAAAUCAGAGGUGAAGAGCGCUAAACCAGAUGAAGUCUCACCGCAGCACUCCAGCGGAAAGAAAGAGCGCGAGAGCACAGAAAUGAAUGACUACGAGGACGAGGGAGACCUGCUUGAGGAAGAGGAGAUCAAGAGUCGAGGAAGGGAGGAUGAUGAGGAGGAAGAGGAAGGUGAGCAGGAGGAAGGAGAGGACGAUGGAGACAGCGCCAACGGAGACCAUUCUUAAACACGACAGACACGGACACGCAUGCAUGCUCACCGUGAGAUAUAGAGUAGAUCCUCUGACAUUUAAUGCACACUUAGUUUUAUUUUAUAAGUCCAGAACAAUAACUCUGUGGAUCAUGAAAAUGACAUUCUUUAGAUAAGUCUCAUGAACCCCUGACUACAGCCACCUUUCCAUGAGUUCUCAUAAUUCUUGCAUUAAAAAGGGUUGAAUGCUUUAGGAUUGAGAAAAUACUUUGGAUUGCAGUGAAAUCUCUUUCAUUGGUGUGACAUUGAACAAUUUUGCUGCCAUGCUGUUUUAAAGACUGGCAACCCAACAGCUCGAUUGUGUUUGUGAAAAUUUGGAGGAGUUCUCUGACUGGAUUCUACCAAAAUAUCGCUUAUAGGUUGUACUUUGAUGAAGGUUAAAGCAAAAAAGUAACUAGUUUCAUAACUUUAACCCCUUAAGGGCAUGCUCAGCAUUUGUCAAUAAUAAUUACUAUCCUGAACGUCUAAUGUAGGUCUACUGGGUGAGACAGUGGUUUAGUGAUUGACACAUUGAUGAGCCAAUCAGAAUGCACUGAAUUUUGAGAUUAGAGCUCUUAAGGAGACAGUAAGUGCAUUUUAUACAUUUAACCUUGAUAACUGGUUUGCACCAACCUUACGCCACCAGUACAAACAAAUUAGAUUGUCAAUCCCACUUCAGGCACGUUCAGGUCCUUCUCCUUUGGUGUUUUUAAAGUCUUACUGUGUGUGUUACGGUGGUGAUAAUGGUGGCUGGAGUUCGGGAACGUUCUGCCAUGUUCUUGAGGUCAUUCACUCUUUAAACCAGCCUGUGCAGAUUGAUAUUGCACAGAUGCGCUCAAGUACUCAAACGUCGGUCUUUACCAACGCUUUCCAUGAUUCUUGUGGUUGUGAGACCCUUCUGUGCAGAUUUACAAUCUUAAAUGCACUGUUUAUCGUUAUCAUCAUCUUCCCCAACACAUGCAAGCUAAUUAGAUUAUUUUGGCUCAUAAGAGUCUCAGAUGGUUCUCUAACUGAGUCCCAAAGCUCUUGACGGACUUUAGUUCCCAAACCUUAACUAACUGAACCCAUUCAUUCAUGUGUUUCAGGCAAAGCAAUGUUCCUCUAGCACUCGUUUUGGGAAUAAAUGUAGAGUUACUUGUCCUGACCAGUGGGCGGCAGUGUGGCCCCGUUCCGUUAUUUAACACAGAAAUACUGUUUGAUUGAGCUGAACUAUUUUAUAUUCCAUAUGUGGUCACCGAGUGUGUGAGAAUAAGUUUGGAUUGUACAGUAAAUGUCAUUUUACCUGUCGGUUUGUAUCUGUGUAUAGUGACACUAAGAGGUGAGUUUGCUUCUGGUAAAUACAAGAUGUGUUUGUAGCAGUUUUGUUUUCAUUCGUUCUGUUUGUCUUUUGUUUGGUCUGUGUAAUGCGUUUCAAUAAAACUACAAAUGUUCAUGA